AAGUAAUUGAGUUGAAAACUUUACUGCAUACACAGAUUUAUUUAGCUGAUAUUCAUAGUUCAGGAUGUAUCUUCAUAUUUUUAUUUUGAUGUGUUUGGAUACUUUGAUUAUUGCGAUGCAAACACCGACGAAAGAUACCAAAUUCAAAUUUAAUACGCUCUCCAAUGAAUUCCUGCCGUAUGCAUAUACGCCGGACCCUUUGUUCGGUGUUGAUAAAGGCGCGACAGAACAGCUCUCGUUUGAUCCUUCCUCGAAACUUAUCUACGCUGUUGGUAAUACAAACAUCCACGUCCUCGAUAUGGCUGACGUCAACAAACUGACAGUGUUAUUCCACCAAUCAUACACAGGUGUAGACAUCACCGACGUGCAUGUGUGUGGGGGUCACGUGUUUGUUGCCAUUGACAACACCACAAGACAUAAGGACGGGUUUGUCAAUGUUUACAAACUUUACAACAAAGAGACCCAAACACUUGACCUAGUGCACUCAAUAGAAGUGGGAACUUUUCCUGAUAUGGUACUUACUACGCCUGACUGCAAAACACUGAUUGUGGCCAUAGAAGCGGAACCAUAUGACGACAAUGCAAAUGCAGUUCUAGUUGAUAAUCCUGGAGGUAUCGGCCUUGUUAAAUUUCCCCAGGGACCCAACGGCGCAUACACUAAAAAUGUUUUAGGGUUUCACUCCUUUGAUGACAGGUAUUUUGCCGAACUUGAGAGCCAAGGUGUCAUGUACAUAAACCGCAAUGCCACGUUUUCAGACGAUGUAGAACCGGAGUAUAUAACUCUGAACACAGAAGGCACACUAGCCUAUGUUAGUUUACAGGAAAACAAUGGCAUUGCAGUCGUUGAUCUCGCUUCAGAAGAGAUAGUAGACAUUUUUGGGCUUGGUUUUAAAGACUGGUCAUUGGCCAACAUUGACCCCAGUGAUAGAGAUGGAGGGGUACAUAUGCAGCCUUGGAAAGUAUUUGGAAUGUACCAGCCUGACGCCAUAAAGAUGUUGCGAUUCCAAAACGAAGAUUUCAUCGUUACUGCAAACGAGGGUGAUUCUAAAGAUUACGAUUACUUUUCGGAAGAAAACAGGGUGGGGGAUUUCGUUCUAUCCGAAUUAUUUGAACGCAACGCUACUCUUCGUGACGAAUGGACUACUGACUCAGUGUUAGGAAGACUUAAAGUCACUUCUGUCAAAGGCAAAAACGAAACAACACAACAUUAUGACCAGCUUUAUUCAUUCGGUGGCCGCGGGUUCUCUAUCAGGAGGGCGAGUGAUAUGAGUCUAGUGUACGACAGCGGUGAUGAGAUUGCUACCAAAACAGCGGAGCUUCUGCCCCAUCUUUUCAAUGCAAAUUUCGAUGAGUCUACUGCUGUUUCAGAUAGUUCCGAUACUCGCUCGGAUGACAAGGGUCCAGAAACUGAAAGCAUUGCCAUAGGGCAUAUAGGUGAUAUCACCUUGUUGUUCAUUGGGAAUGAGAGAGGGUCAACCAUCGCAGUAUACACCCUUGACCAGACCGCGGCAGAAAUCACUCCACAGUUUGAGACAUUUAUAUACGGCGUUGGUGAUAGCGAUGAGACGUGGGGUGAUCUGUACACAGCACGAGAUAUGAGCAUGGUUGAUCCUGAGGAUAUAACGUUUAUUGCCGCUAACGACAGCCCCAAUGGCAAGCCUCUGCUGUUAGUAGGCGGCGGCUUCAGCGGCACUGUGACAGUUUUACAGAUGGACGUACAGCUAGGUUUACCCAACACUGCUUCAGCACUGUCUAGGAUCUUCAAAAGCAGCUUGAGCAUCACAGAAGCAUGGAUUACUUGUUAUUUGUUUCAUGUUUUACUUUAUUAAAGUACGAAACAUGUUUAUUAAACGAAAUGGCUGUUUUAUUAGGUCAUUAUUGUUUAAUUACUUUAUACAUAUCAAACUCGCACAUAUAUAAACAGUACUUUCAUUUCAUUGACAUUAUGAUAUAGAAUCUAAAAUGCAAUGUAUUGAAUUUAUAUACGUCCUUGAACUUCGCUUGUUUUCUAGCUGUAGCUUGACAUAUGAAUUGUGUAUGCCUUUAUGAUUUACAUAAACAUUGUACUUUUACUUCUGAUUAAAUGUAAUUGCUAAAAGUGUUACAUAUAAAGGUUCGGUUAUCAAUCUGUAUCACGGUUUUAAAACUUGUGAAAACAGGGACACGUUAAGAAAAGAACUGCGAU